GUAUUAAAGUAUCUAGUUCACAAUGGGCUAAUCGAUUUGGUGUCUUAUGAUGUUAUCGAUAUCGAAUGCUGUACCGCUGGAGUUUAGUACGAUUCAGAAAAAUGUCCAUAAAAGCUGCGCUCAUAGAUCUAAGUGGUACUCUUCAUGUGGAGGAUGAGCCAACGCCUAACGCUGUUGUGGCGCUGCAAAGAUUGCGCAGCAGCGGCAUAACCGUUAAAUUUGUAACAAACACCACAAAAGACUCGAAAGCGACACUCUACGAGCGGCUAGUUAAAAUUGGCUUUCAACUGGAAGUCGCGGAGAUUUACAGCUCAUUGAGCGCGGCAGUUGCAUUUGUAUCAAAUGAAAAGUUGAAUCCCUACUAUUUGCUUACAAGUGAUGCACGAAGAGAUUUCCCCGAUGAGGACCAGAGCCGGCCUCACGAUGCGGUCGUCGUAGGCCUGGCGCCCAAUGCAUUCGAUUAUGAGCACAUGAAUAAGGCCUUCAAUGUGCUGCUGCAGAAUAAAACGCACAAGCUUGUGGCAGUGCAUCAGGGCAAGUAUUAUAAACGCGCGGAUGGGCUGGCAUUGGGACCCGGCUGCUUUGUCAAGGGUUUGGAGUACGCGACGGGCAGCACGGCGACGCUUAUAGGCAAACCCAAUUCCUACUAUUUCCAAAGCGCCCUGCCUGACGGCCUUAGAGCCGAGGAGUGCGUAAUGAUUGGUGAUGAUGCAAAUGAUGAUAUUGCUGGUGCCAUGCAAGUGGGUAUGCAGGGCAUACUCGUCAAGACAGGCAAAUUCUUGCCGGAUGCUCUGGCAGCAAUCUCACCGCCACCCACGGCUGUGGUCAAAAAUUUCGCGGAGGCAGUCGACUGGAUUUUGUGCAGAAAGCAAGGUAAUUAGUCUUAUUAUCAAUUCAAAAAAAAAAAAACAGACCUUGCUCAAAAGUCAGCAAAAUAUUUUUGCGAGUUCAAAAAUGUUUAUAACGGUUGUUUUAUAACAGUUGAACUAGGGUAGGCGCGUUAAUAAAACUCUGGCAAUUUGUAUACCAGAAUAUUGCAUUAUAA